AUGGCUAAAGUUGUAAAAAAAGAAAAAAUUAUUGAUGGUUUGAUCGAUUUAAUCACAAGUGUGGAGGAACUUUCUAGUAUUCAUUUCAAUUACACAUUGCACAUAGCAACUAUUGUCUUGGAUAAUAGCAAAAAUAUCAUUAAAAAACCAAACACGCCACCAAGAGUGAUUUUUAUUUAUAAUGACAAUCAUAAAAAAUUAUCAAAUAAGCUAAUCAGUAAUAAACAAGAACCUGAUGUAAUUGACAAA